UCUUUUGUCUUUCUCUAAAGCGGAUAUUGAAGUAGGAUCUUUCCACUCUCUCUGUAAGAGGCAGUUUUUACCUUUUCACACUCAAAUCGUAAUGUCUUUCCAGGAUUGAUAGAGUUACUUAAGGGCUCCGUUUCAGGCAUGGCAUUUUCACUUCUGGUUUUCAGACUGUUUACUCCAUGGCUCCAUUCCCUUUCCCACAACUGGCAGAGCUGAGGGAAAAGUACACCUACAACAUUACACCGUUCCCAGCUGCAGUGAAGCCCGCCUCCGUGUCUGGACGACAUGGUAAGAUCAGAGACAGUGAUGAAGAGAAUGACCCAGAUGAUGAAGAUGCUAUUGCUAAUGCCGUGGGGUGUCUUGGGCCUUUCAGUGGGCUCCUGGCACCUGAACUACAGAAGUACCAAAAACAAAUUAAAGGUAAAAAAGGUGGCUCUCUAUUUAGAUUAUCACAAUGUGUUGGUUCACUAUAGCAGGGGUACUGUUAUUGUAACCUAUAAAUGCCUAUUUAUUUUCUGAACUGGU